ACGAAGAUGCAGUACAACCAACCGCCGGUGGGGCCCACAGGGUAUUCACAUCAGAUGCCUCCACCGAGUUACGAGCAAGUGGUUCAUGUCCAAGCGCCAGUUCGAGUGGUUCACGCGGCAGCACCUCCGCCCGUGGUGAUCAUACAACAUCAAGCUGUUUUGCCAGUGGGUCCCGAUCCCAGCUUCAUCACUUGCCCGCAUUGUCAUGUACAGAAGUUGACCCGCGUGGAGUACUCGCCCAGUGUGAAAACCCACUGUAUGGCGGCGAUUCUCUGCAUAGUUGGUCUCUGGUGCUGUGCCUGCUUACCUUACUGCGCCACCAGCUGCAUGAAUGCAAAUCACUUCUGCGGCAAUUGCAACAAGUUCGUUGGCGUCUACAACAGCGAUUAGUUUCACCCGCUAA